UUUUGUUUGUUAUUGACAUGGUUAACAAUAAUAUGAGAACACCUCCCAACAAGAAUAAAUGGCAAUAAAUUAUGGUCAAAUAAAACGAAUACGUUAAAUGUGAGUAGAACUAGAAACCUUCAGGUGCAGGUUGAGCGCAUGCGUAACUGCUGUCGGCGUUGCCACCUAGUCGCAUAACUUGCAGUCUGCCCAUAUGUGUGACGUCACUAAUUAAGCUAAACAAUGCUAGGCCUUGUUUGUUAUCGACAUGUGUAAUCGCCGAUAACUAUCAAUGUCAGAUCUCGGGCAUGGGCAUGACUUAUGUAUACAUACAUACAUGCAUAUGUGUAUUUGUGUGUAUUUGUGCUUGCAUAAUCGCGCCGCAGGGUGUCAACGGACUUUAGCCAUACGCGGCAAGAUGCGAUGGUGAGAUGAGAGACUGAAACUAAAACUGAGGCUGAACCAAUUAUGGAAUCGCAAAGCCCAACAAACCAAAGACCCGCCACCAACUGCCACAAUGACUGAGGUUGAUACUGAAACUGAGAGAUCGAGAUCAAGACGCAGAGAUGUAGAUGGCGCUUGCGAUUUGGACAAUGUCCAAAAGCUGGUGGCGUUUCAACUAUAAAUGCGCGACGCAUCUCUUGGACAGUUAUCAGUUUUACGGUUUCGUUCGUUUGGUUUACCACGCGCAUCUGUAACUCCACUCAAGAUGAAAUCCAUUGUUUGUGCCGUCGUUGUCGCCGUUGCCCUUGUGGGAUUGGCUCAAGCUCGUCCGCAGGCGUUUGGCAAUCGCUAUUUGCCACCUCUGCCCAUCAAGGAUGUGACCACCCACAAUAUUCAGACGAUCUUCCAGCAGCCCCAGCAGCAGCCAAUUGCUCAGGUUGAAUCGAUCCGUCCAUCGAUCUCGUUGGGCAGCUUCUCGAUUCAAUCGGGUGGUCAGACAACCACAACCAUUCAGCAAUCGCCUGCUCCAGUUUCGGUUUCUGCUCCUGCUCCUGCUCCGAUCACCUAUGAGGCACCCACUCCCAUUGUGGCCGUCCAGACGCCUGUCAAGAACACCUACUUGCCACCCGUGUCCGUUCCAGCUCCCGCUCCCGUAGUGACUGUGCAGGAAACCGCACCAGUUGUUGUUGAGCAAACCUACACCGCACCAGCUCCAGUGGUUCAGCAGCAGACUUACUCUGCACCUGCUCCAGCUCCAGUUCCAGUUGCAGCUCCCGCACCAGUUGUCCAGGAGAGCUAUGUUGCCCCCGCUCCAGUGGUUCAGCAGCAGACAUACUCGGCUCCAGCUCCCGCUCCAGUGGUUCAGCAGCAGACUUACUCCACCCCAGUGGUUCAGACCACCACCCAGGUUGUCCAGGAGAGCUACUCUGCUCCAGCUCCCGCUCCAGUGGUUCAACAGACUUACUCUGCUCCCGCUCCUGUGGUUCAACAGACCUACUCUGCUCCCGCUCCUGUGGUUCAAGAGACUUACACUGUGAAUGCCCCUGCUCCAGUUGUUCAGCAAACCUACUCCGCUCCCGCUCCAGUGGUUCAACAGACAUACUCGGCUCCAGCUCCUGCUCCCGCUCCUGUGGUUCAAGAGACCUACACUGUGAACGCUCCUGCUCCAGUGGUUCAGCAAACCUAUUCCGCUCCAGCUCCCGCUCCUGUGGUGCAGGAGAGCUACUCUUACCCUGCACCCACCCAGGUGGUUCAGGAACAAAUCACCGUCCAGGCUCCCGCUCCAGCUCCAGUUGUGCAGCAAACCUACACCGCUCCAGCCCCCGUUGUUCAGGAGAUCCAAGCAGUUCAGGCUCCUGCUCCUGUGGUUCAGCAGACCUACACAGCUCCCGCUCCAGUGGUUCAGGAAACUCAAGUGAUUUCAGCUCCAGCUCCAGUUGUCCAGGAAACCUACUCUGCUCCAGCUCCCGCUCCAGUGGUGCAACAGACCUACACUGCUCCAGUUGUCCAGGAAACCUACUCUGCUCCAGUGGUACAACAGACGACCUACACAGCUCCUGCUCCAGUUGUUCAACAGACGACGACCUACUCAGCUCCCGCUCCAGUUGUUCAACAGACUUACACAGCGCCCACUCCCAUCGUCCAGGAGACCAUUCAACAGGCUGCUCCAGUUGCCCAAUACAGCGGCUACAACUACCAAGCACCCGCUCCAAUUGUGCAGCAAACUACCACUACCUAUAGCGCCCCCGAGAUAGUGUCUGUUCCCGCUCCAGCUCCCGCACCUGUUGCCGCUCCCGUUGAGAUCCAGACUCAACAGCAGGUCAUCACCACCACAACACAAGCUCAGGCUCAGACUCAGGUUCAAGCCGCUCCAGCUCCAGAGCCAGUUCCCGCACCAGCUCCGGUUCCAGUGUUGCAGCAAUCCUUUGUGCCUGCUCCUCCAGCUCAACCCAUUGUGCAGCAGUACAGCAGCCCGGCUCCAGCACCCAUUGCUCCCCAGCAGAUCUUCCAGCAGUUCACCCCUACUUAUAGCUACACCCAACCCGCUGUUCAGCAGCAACAGCAGCAGAUCACCUACACUCAGUCCGCUCCUGCUCCCGCUCCCGCCCCCGUCUCCAUUCCCGCUCCUGUUGUGCAGAAAACCGAGAUCAUUCAGCAAGCCGCUCCAGCACCAGCUCCACUUCCCAUUGCGGUUUCGGCACCAGCCACCACCUCAGUGAUCAGCAGCACGGCCACAGCCACAGCCACGUCCAGCGGCAGCCAGAUUGGCACCAACUACGGCUCCAACGGCGGCUACGUCUACUAAGCAUGCGAGAUGCGUUUGAACGGGUUGCCCUCCCCUCAAGAGAGGCCCGAACUCGCGUCCAGCUUGACGUUCGUUAUCGUUAAUUGUUUCAUUUAAUUAGCCAAAUUGUAGCCCUAGUCUUGUUAUAUACAGUGUUUUUUUUAUACAGCCUAAACAAAUUUUUUACAAUAAAUUUUACA